UUAACACGGAUUGAAAACGACGAAGAUGAAAAUUUAAGCUUAACUUUUUAAGGUGUGCAAACCGUGACGUAGUUCCUCUACGUCGGCAGUCAGCAUUUGCGACAGUGUGUGAAAGAAUUCUACUGUACCGUAACUCCGAAUAUAUCGAGAGCCCUACCUAGCGAUUACUAUUUUUCAGAGUAGUUUUUCCAGAAAGUUUUUACAUAAAUAUCUGUAACAGAGUGUUUUCUUGUCAUUCCUUUACCUCGCGCAAAACAAGUCACCCAAGAGGCCAAGAUUCAUGCUCUGACAAGUUUGAUGCUGUUGUGUCCUUCGCAAGACACCCUUAUUGACUUUGUAGCCAAGCCAAGUAAGGUCAACCUGAUAAUAUUUGUAAGUAGCGAGUCGAAAUAACUGUGUCUGAUCUAGCACCAUGAUCAAUGUUAUAACGAAAAUCCACAUGCACAUUUCGCCUGACUUAAACAACAUAGAAUUUUUUAUGGGAGGGGGUUAAGUAAACAACAUUUAAGUGACUUUUUUUCUUGAAAAUUCCUGUACUAUAUACACCAGAUAUCAGUAUCAGUAUUAAAUAAAUCUUAAUCACGUGUAAAAUGGGUUAGUAACUGAGUGUACGGAGUUAAUACCAGGUUUCCACGAGAUGUUGGCUAAUUACCCUUUAUUAAUCUCGUUUGGGUACUUUAAAGUGACCACGAAACUAUGUAAAUAGUUCAUACUUGUGUACACAACGAGCUAUCAACAAAGUUAUUUCAGUAGGGAUUACUUAUCUUAUCUGACCUGGGAGGAAAUAAACUACAUAAAAUGAUGGUUGAUGAAACCCUCGCGUUCAAAGGCAAGAAGUCCAACUCUAGGAUUUGGUUGACAGUUUUCGCUGUAAUUGCCUUUAUCGUUCUGAUCGUUGGAAUUGUGCUGAUAGUUCUUGCAAUCAAAAAGGAAGGCGAUGAUUCAGGACAUUCAAAUGAAACAUCAAAAGGCGAUAAUUCAGGACAUUCAGAUGAAACAUCUUUUUGUGAGUAUUCCAAGGAAGCAAAACGGAUUGGUCUUGAUGACAUAAUUUCGCAAGUGAAGAAGACUUACUACGAGAAGUUGCCCUUUCAGUUGCCAGGUGAUCCUGAUGCAACUCGUGAGGACAUUGUGAAGAAGUACAGCGCCUACAAUCCAACGCCUGAUUACAUCAAAAGCGUCACAGAUGCGGCAAAAACUCUCUUCAAGAAUGUGAACAAAAUUGAGGUCAACUCUGAUAAGCUGAAACCACGAGAACGCAAAGCGCUUUCACAGCUGAAACACUACUUGAAGACGGUUUUUGGACAGCCUUUCGAUAUGAACUAUUACGCUGGAGAUUGGAUGCUCGGGCCGACUUUUUACUGCAGCAAACAACCUAUCUGUGACGUUGGGGAGCAUCUGAAAGGGAUGCUAGGACGUCUAAAACCUGAAAACUUGGAAGACCUAACACUGAUAGAGGACAAGUUGAAAGGUCACAAGAAGGGAAUUCUGAAGUACAUGGAAAACUUGAAAAUGGGAAAACUUCACGGAAUGGUUUACAGUCAAGAGGCUUGUGUCUCUGGACGAGAUGCGCUCAAGAGGAAAUAUCUGAAGAUCGCUUUAAAGAACGAAACCGGUUUGUGUUAUUUUUUAUUGUAUCCAUGCAGAUCAUUUGCCCAUCAUAACGACCUCACUCUAUGGCUUUAUGCACUUUUUCAGGUUAUGAGCAUGUUGUAUCCCAAAAUAACUGACAUGUUCUACUUCGCGGGAGAUAAACACUCCACACCCAACUGUCCAGUUGAAUUACGACCUGACCUGAACCCGUCCAGCGGUAUUCAGAGCUAUGACGGAAGUGACCCAAUGUGCUUAAAGCCGGCGCAUUACAACAUUCCCUUCUUCCUGAACAGGUUGGGCCCUAAAUUCUCUGAAUGGAGUAUCAAUUCCCACGAGUCGCGGCCGGGACACCACAUUCAGAUCCAAGGAACCAGGGAACAUUUUAUGGACACUUGUGGAGGCCUAAUUGCCUGGUUAGAUUCCAAAACAUACUACACAGCCUUUUUGGAAGGCUGGGGUCUUUACGCUGAGAAUCCUUUAAUAUCAGAUGAUACAGAUGUUUAUGACGGCAAACCAAUGAAGAAAUACGGCAUGCUGAAGUGGCAGAUCUGGCGCGCAGUAAGGAUGAUUGUAGACACAGGGCUUCACUACACUGGAAUGAAAAGAGAUGAGGCCAUCAAAAUGUUUGUUGACAAUGCAUGGGAUGACUCUGACUUCACUCGGAAAGAGGUAUCCCGUUACCAGAGCUGGCCAGGUCAAUCCACGGCAUACAUGGUUGGUAGGAUAGCAAUUUUAAAAGCCAGAAAUCACACCACUUCA